AUGAGGCCCUGGGCCGUUUGGAGGAGGCCCUGGUGGACUAUGAUCUGGUGCUGCGCCAGGAGUCAGGCACCGACAAUGUCCUUGGCUUCCUGGAAGCGGCGGAGCCCUAGCAGAGCGUUGCCCCGGUUGUUCCAGGUUCAUUGCAGUUGGACUUCAGCAGCCAUGAGCAAAACUCCCUGGAAGCUGGUGAUGCAGAUGGGCCAUCAUGAUCAGGAAUCCUUCCAGCAAGCGCUGGACAUUUCUGGGACUCAGCGUUUUGCUUUCGCGGGAGUGAACAUGGCCUUGGCCCAAUACGAGCUCAAGGAGGACGACCAGGCCAUCACAAACCUGCGCCAGCUGCUGGCGCGCUAUGCGGAGGCCUUCCCCGACGCGCGGGCGGCCUACGCCAUGAUCUUGUGGGAUCAAGGAGACCGCAUCGAGGCUGAGUCGCAGUGGGACCGCGCCACGGGCACUGACCCACGCUACAAGUCUGCCCAAUGGGUGCAGGAGUUCCGGCGCUGGCCCCCCCGGAUGAUGGAGGUCUUCAAGCGCUUUGCGGACACCACCGGGGUGAAGGUGAAAUGA